AUGCUGAGGCUGGCAAGGUUCGUUCGAGCCUUUUCAACGACAAUUGAGGGGUCCAGGACCGUUCCAGAGCUUGUCAAUGCGAUCAAGAGUUUGGGAUCACUGAGCGCUGAGCAUGUGUCUAGGCUUGAAACGAGGUCGAUGGAGCUCCUUUCCGACAAUGCAAAGGAGGCGUCCAUGCUCUUGCUCACGCUCAAGGCGUUUAAUUGUGACUUGACCCCGAUGCUAUCCAGAAUGGAUGACUCUCUUUUGGGAAGCUCAGACGGAGAUGUCCUAUUUAGAGCGCUGGUAGAGUGUGGGCAAGUCCCAAAUGUAGCGUUGCUAGACAAGUUCAGACAAGCUAAUAACGGCAGAGAAAUUGCAAAUUUGACCUGUGGGUAUUCCAAGCUUGUAAAGAGCGGUGCCAUGAUCGCAAAUGCAGCUAUUAUAGACGCUGCCCGUGAGAAGAUUACGGGGUUUGGCCUUUGCAAUUUUCGCAACUCGGAACUCGUAGACAUUGCAAGUCACUUGGCAAUUUUUCAGGAUGAGGAAAUUGUUGCACUUUUAAAGGACAUUUGCUCCGUUUUGAGGGAUGCCUGUUUGGAGACAAUGCCCCUGCCAAGUCUUGUCGAGUUUGUUCAGAGUGUCUAUAUUUGUCCAAUUGCCACCGAGAUCCUAGAGGCUAGACUAGAGGAGUUUUUCAAGGUCAACGGAAUGUAUUAUGAUGACAAAAAGGCCAUCAUGGACCCCAAAACAAGUGUGGGCAUUGUGUUCAUUUAUGGCAAGAUGCGCAGACACAAUUUGCUGAUUCUGGACAAGCUCAUGAUUUGCGUUAGAAGGCAAAUUAAUGCCUUUACCCUAGACCAGCUUACCAGAAUUAUCAUUUCCCUUUCUAGUACGGGUUAUAGAAACCAGGCCAUUACGCGACUAAUUGCCAGGGUACUGCAUACACACGUCGAUGAGGACUCGAUUCUUGACCCAUGUCUCAUCACCAACCUAUACACGGGCUUCAGCAGGUUCAAUCACAGGGAUGAAAAGUUGUACAAGCUUUUAGCUACCAUUGUUGCCAAGGAGGAGGUGCUGGCGGAGUUCAAGAUUCAGGACUUGGUUGCCAUUAUUCACGCAUAUUCCAGACUAUACAUUGUAGACGAGCACCUUUUUUCCACCAUUGAAGAAGUUUUAAUAAAGUCUAGGGACCUAAACACACACUUGGCCACCAAGCUCUUGAAUGCUUUUGCCAAGCUUGAUUACUGUAAUGCCAAGACACAGAAUUUAAUCCUAGAAUGUAUAAAUUUAGGCGACUUAGAUACAAUUUUGGAGCUACAGAAGCUGCGAUUAUCGGUGGCCAAGCUCGGACUUUAUUUCCCGGAAUUGGACGAAAAGUUGAGUGGAGUGACGCCGGAGGAAGGCAAGUUGCCAAGAAUUGUCUGGAGGAGUUGUUCGAGCCCUCGAAUACGGCGUUUUCAACAUGUUCGGAAGCGAAAAUGGACUUGGUGA